CUAUCUCUGUCUAUGUAAGUGAUGCUAUAACGAUAGGCACAAUUUCCACUUGCUCCGUUGGGGAACACAACACUGACAGUCCAAAACAAAUAUUUUGCUCUCUAUCACUCUGCUAAACCAGGGGAUGACAUUAAAGAACGUGUUUGAGGAUGUUUUCGAUUAUUCACAAGUUCUUCCGCUGUGUUAAUUAAAUGCACUUGACGCACAGAGAGAGAGAGAGGGAGAGAGAGAGAGAAAGAGAGAAAGAGAGAGAGAGAGAGAGCGCGCGCGCUUCACUAAAACAGUUUAUGUGCAUACAAGGAGAGUCCCUAGGGUUUCAAAUGAUUACUGUAUUAGUGAAUUGAAAUAAGAAGUACUGCACGUUGACAGACCCAUUUUUUGGGAGAGCCACUGUCUCGAUCUCCGCGUGUGGGAUUCAAGAAGUGCUAAGCGCAAGACAUCUGAGGAGGAAUUACAUCGUCUCUUCGAAAAGUCAUUCACAAAUGCUUUUCGCUGUUCGCGCGCUCGGACUUUUGCUCGGACAUGGAGCAUUUUCUUUAGCUGGAUACCGACUGGUCAGUACUGCGUUAAGCUGUUUGAUUCUCGGAUUUUGUCUGCUUCAUGGCACUUCAUCUCCUCCAGCAGUGAUGCCGCUACGUGACGGGAAUUGAGAGUUCUUUCAAUAUUCACAGAGAAACCCGGGACCUUGCAGAAAUUUGAAGACAUUGCGCCACCUACUCUGAGUAUGGACUUGGCAAGUGAGACCCAUGUGCUGGUGGUUUUACUCACCUACCUGUUCUUGAUGUGCCGGGCUCAAGAGAAGGACUAUACUGUAAAAGAAGAGCAACCAGAGAAUGUGCGCAUCGGAAACCUGCGCAAAGACCUCAACUUGAACCUUGAUCCAGACAUUAAACUGUCUUCUGCGCUGCAGUUUAAACCUGUCUACAAGACAGGCGAUGUGCCUUUGGUGAAGGUAGAAGCAAGCACGGGAGAGAUUUUCACCACAUCCAAUCGUAUUGACCGUGAGAAGCUCUGUUCUGGAGUCUUCAAUGAGAAGCGGUGUUAUUAUGAAAUCGAGGUUGCCGUGCUACCUGAUGAGAUUUUCCGACUGGUCAAGAUCCGUUUCCUUAUCGAAGACAUCAAUGACAAUGCCCCGCUGUACCAAUCUACGGUCAUCAACAUCUCUAUUCCUGAAAACACAGCCAUCAACAGCCGCUACCCUGUUCCCUCUGCAUUUGACCCUGACAUAGGAAUCAAUGGGAUUCAGCACUAUGAGCUUGUCAAGAGUGUGAGCGAAUUCGGCCUGGACAUUAUCGAGACUCCAGAGGGAGACAAAUGGCCCCAACUCAUAGUGCAGCAGAGCCUCGAUCGGGAGACGAAGGACACCUUUGUGAUGAAAAUUAAAGUCGAGGAUGGUGGCUCCCCUCCAAAGUCCAGCACAGCCAUUCUGCAGGUGACUGUGUCAGAUGUGAAUGACAAUCGGCCAGUGUUCAAGGACAAUGAAGUGGAGGUGAAUGUUCCUGAGAAUGCCCCAAUGGGAACAUCUGUCACUCACCUUCAUGCCACAGAUGCUGAUCUGGGAUCCAAUGCUCAGAUUCACUUCUCCUUCAGCAACCAAAUCUCCCCUGCCACCAAACGACAUUUUGCUAUUGACAGCACAACCGGACUGAUUACUGUCAAGCAGCCACUGGACAGGGAAGUCAACCCUGUCCACAAGCUUAUAGUGCUGGCCAGUGAUGGAAGCUCAACCCCUUCAAGGGCUACAGUGAUAGUCAAUGUAACAGACAUUAACGACAAUGUCCCCUCUAUAGAUACUCGUUACAUAAUGAAUCUAGUUAAUGGGACUGUGCUGUUGUCUGAAAAUGCCCCACUAAACACAAAAAUUGCUCUAAUAACUGUGACAGACAGAGAUGCUGAUCUGAAUGGUAAAGUGACUUGCUACACUGAUCAUGAUGUACCUUUCAGGCUCAAGCCAGUCUUCAAUGACCAGUUCCUGUUAGAAACGGCAGCACCCUUAGAUUAUGAGAUGACUCGUGAGUACGCAAUUAGGAUAGUAUCAUCUGAUUCAGGGAAACCUCCUCUGAACACUUCAGCAAUGGUUCUCAUUAAAAUUAAGGAUGAGAAUGAUAAUGUCCCGGUUUUCCCUCAGCCAGAAAUCCAGCUGUCCAUUCCAGAAAACAAUGACCCUGGCACACAGUUGAUAAAAAUCAGUGCCACGGAUGCAGACAGUGGUUCUAAUGCCCUUAUCAUUUAUAGUCUUGGCCCAGAUGCUCCUGAUGGCUUUAACAUAGAUCAACGGUCUGGGAUCCUUUCUGUUGUCAAACGGCUGGAUAGAGAGAAACAGGAGAAGUAUUCAUUCACAGUCAUUGCCAGAGAUAAUGGUUCGACACCUCUUCAGAGCAAUGUUACGGUAAAGCUAAUUGUUCAAGACCAAAAUGAUAACAGCCCAGCUUUUACCCAUCCUGAAUACAACUUCUACGUACCUGAAAACCUACCUUUAUAUGGAACUGUAGGUUUGAUCACUGUCACGGAUGCUGAUGCUGGUGACAAUGCAGUCGUAACUCUCUCAAUCAUAAAUGGGAAGGAGAAUUUCAUCAUCGACCCCAAAACCGGGGUGAUAAAACCAAACAUAACAUUUGACAGGGAGCAACAAAGCUCCUAUACUUUUGUUGUGAAAGCUGUGGAUGCAGGUCAAAUGCAAACUACCUCAUAUGCCAAGGUUACAAUAAAUGUUGUUGAUGUGAACGACAAUCGACCCGUGUUUGUCAUCCCCUCCUCUAACUUCUCCUAUGAUCUAGUUCCUUUGACCACCAGUCCUGGGUCGGUGGUUACCAGAGUGUUUGCCAUUGACAAUGACACUGGCAUGAAUGCUGAGCUGCAGUAUAGUAUUAUCGGAGGGUCACCGAGAGGAUUGUUUGCCAUUGACAGAACCACAGGCAAUAUCACUCUACAGGAGAAGAUUGUAGCGGCAGACCAAGGUCUCCAUAGGCUGGUGGUAAUGGUCAAAGACUUAGGACAGCCUGAGUCUUUACAUGCAAUCGCUCUUGUUUAUUUGUUUGUCAAUGAUACCAUCUCUAAUGCCACAUUCAUUCAAGAGCUACUACGCAAAAGCUUGGAAACUCCUUUGGACCGAAACGUUGGGAACAAUGAUGUGACGCCUCAAACCAAUGGCUAUGUAAUUGUUGUUAUUGCCAUAAUUGCUGGGACUAUGACCAUUAUCUUGGUAAUUUUUGUGACCGCUUUGGUACGCUGUCGACAGACACCAAGACACAAAGUUGUCCAGAAGAGCAAACAGAGUGGCGAGUGGGUAUCACCCAACCAAGAGGGCCGGCAGAUUAAAAAGAAAAAGAAGAAGAAGAAGAGAUCUCCAAAAAGUUUGCUGUUGAAUUUUGUAACCAUCGAGGAACCUAAGUCUGAUGACCCUACCCAUGAGCACAUAAAUGGCACCUUAGAUCUCCCUGUUGAACUUGAAGAGCAGACAAUGGGAAAGUACAACUGGGCUACCACACCGACUACCUUUAAACCUGAUAGCCCUGAUUUAGCCAAGCACUACAAAUCAGCUUCACCACAGCCAACAUUCCAGAUCAAACCAGAGACCCCUGUGGCUCCCAAGAAACAUCAUGUCAUUCAGGAACUCCCACUGGACAACACGUUCGUGGUAGGCUGUGACUCACUCUCCAAAUGUUCCUCCAGCAGCUCCGACCCCUACAGUGUGUCAGAGUGCAGCUGUCAAGGGGGCUUCAAGGCACCUGGGCAAAUCCACACCAGACAGGAGACGACACUGAAACCACCACUCUAUGGCACACUCUGUGGCACAGGUACAGCUCGCUCCCACAGGAUAAAAAUCAAUCUCUAGCUGCCAUUUCCUAAAGAGAGGGAGGGAGGGAGAGGAAGGCUGAACUGACUGAAGAGGUGAAAACGCAAACUGUACAGAUUCUCCAGCCUCAAACGAGACCUAGAGAGUAUCGGCAGACUAAAUUAACCGAGACAACUCAUCUCGUUGCCUGUUCGAAGCUCGUCCAAAACUCUGCUUGUGAUUCGUAGGAGGUUUGAAAUGCUGUGUUAAACCCUUUUUGUCCUCAUUCACCAGUUUCACUGAAAAGGGCACGAGAGACACCUCUAUAGCAUUUUUUCCACUCUGCUUAUCCAAACGGAACAUGAAUAUGGCAAAGACCUCUGUAUAGGAUGUUUAUAUAGAUAUGUACUUAUGUAUAUGCUGCACAGCCCUUGUUGUCUUUCUAUUUAUUGAUUUUGAUUUCUUGAUUGACACAUUAGACAAAGUUCGAUGAAACUUUGAUGUUCCUGGUGGUUGUUUCCUUUUUAUAUUUUGUUCACCUGCUAUUAAUGUUUAAUUUGUUCCUUCAGUGCUUACACAGACACGGCACCUGAUAGACUGCCGUUCACAUUGCAUAUGGCCUUACUUUGACCGUUCUGGCCGUGAUACAAUGAACACCUCAUCGUUGAUUGCCUCAGCUCUCUUUGGCUUGCCCAAUGCUUGUCAACAUGUGGCUAACAUUGAAAUGCAUGGCCCUCCAUAGGAGGUACCAACACCCCACAGUAGACUUUAGCUGUGUCACUGAUUGCCUCAGAAUUAUUAGAGCCCUAAUGCUUUGGUAAGCUGUAAUCAUAGGGGACAGAGCUCCUGGUUCUUAAUCAAAGAAUCGCCUCUUAUGCAGUAGAAAAGGACACUGGGUCUGACCUUUUAUAUGUUGUCUGUUGUAGUCAGCUUUAAAAAAGCAGAGCCAAUAUAAUCUGUGAGAUGUAUUUAACUGAUUUUGAAUAGAAAGCCGCCGGCAAUCUGUCGUAUGAGAUGGUAGGUUUUAGUUACAUCACCUGGGUGUUCGUAUAUCCUGAAACUGACAUGAUAUGUAUUCAUACAACCAAGGAAAAAAAAACGAUCGAAUAAGUGGACUGGUCAGAUUUCGUCAGCAACACAAAUACAUUUACAGUGAUACAACCUAACACGUGCACUUUAAGGUCUUGAUAAGUAUCCCACGGUUAAAGCUGUCUUUUGUAAAACUUAACAGUCAGGCGUUUAUGUCCUGAAUGAAUAUUACAUUUUAAUACAGCACUAAUAAAUUGCUUCAUUCAAUAGCACUUUUGUUCGAGCAGUAAUUUACUCAUUUUAGCCAAUGGAGUAACUUGUAGAAGUGUCUUUGUGCACAAAUGUUUGACCUCUUAUUCCUGGGGAGGUAUCAUAUGUCUUAAUGGUGUCAAAUAUUUAACUCUGGAGUUUGAAACAUGCCUGAAUUUGUGUACUAGACAAAAAAAGAACAAACAAAAAAAGAGAACUGGAAAGACCUUUUAACGUAACAAAGAUGGACACAUCACUUUCAUAAAAUUUUAAGCACCUUACAUUAUCUUUGUAUUCUACUUUUGAUUUGACAACAUGUGAAGUAAACUGUAUAUAACUGUUUUAUGUAUGUUUGAGCUUUGGACGUUUAUUAAAGUCUUUUGC